GGCAGCGGCAGCGGCGGUUGGUGUUGCGAUUCGCCGUCCCGGUUUUUCCCUGAAACGCUCUUCUCCGGCCAACGUGGUUGUACUGCUUGGUUGUUGGACUGCCGGGCGCCAUGUCCGUGAGCGAGAUCUUCGUGGAGCUGCAAGGCUUUUUGGCUGCCGAGCAGGACGUCCGAGAGGAAAUUCGGAAAGUUGUACAGAGCCUAGAACAAACAGCUCGGGAGAUCUUAACUCUACUGCAAGGUGUCCAUCAGGGUGCUGGAUUUCAGGACAUUCCAAAGAGGUGUUUGAAAGCACGAGAACAUUUUGCUACAGUGAAGACACAUUUAACAUCUUUGAAGACCAAAUUUCCUGCUGAACAGUAUUACAGGUUUCACGAGCACUGGAGGUUUGUUUUGCAGCGUUUGGUUUUCCUGGCAGCGUUCGUUGUGUACUUGGAAUCAGAGACGCUUGUGACUCGAGAAGCAGUGACAGAAAUUCUUGGCAUUGAGCCAGAUCGGGAGAAAGGAUUUCAUCUGGAUGUAGAAGAUUAUCUCUCUGGAGUUCUAAUUCUUGCUAGUGAACUGUCCAGACUGUCUGUCAACAGUGUCACCGCUGGAGACUACUCCCGGCCUCUCCACAUCUCCACCUUCAUCAAUGAGCUCGAUUCGGGGUUCCGCCUUCUCAACCUGAAAAAUGACUCCCUGAGGAAGCGCUAUGAUGGCCUGAAGUAUGAUGUGAAGAAGGUGGAGGAGGUGGUCUACGAUCUCUCCAUUCGAGGCUUCAACAAGGAGACAGUCGCCGCUUGUGGAGAGAAAUAGGACAGUUGUUCGUGAGGGGAGCACAGUACCUCUCGUAGUUAGGAUGCUCCGUUGCUACACAGCCCUCGCUUUCUUUUCUUAGAGUUGUGUGGUGUAAAUAGCAGUCGCAAAACUCUUUUUGGGGUGCGGGGAGGGGGUAAACAAAUAGCCUUUACUGGGACAGAUUUUUUUUUUGUCGUUUCAGUGAGUUUGCUCUGUAAUUCAGUGUGUUUCAGUUUUGUCAGAAAGUGUAAUUUCCCGCCAUAAAGUCCUUUUCUUCCUUACCUUAGUACUGUUGAUAGACUGAUUGAGAAGUUAAUUGUCUUAUGUGUCAUUCUUCUUGAAGUACUCUUUAUGUUUUUUUAAUAAUCCAAAUUAGCCAUCUGUGCCUAGGUAUAACCUGGGACACAGUAUAAAAGUAGUUCAUUAAAAAGGAUGGUUACCAAGCAAAGGACAGUUUAUUUUGUAUUUCCCUUAUUUAAGCCUUGUGAAUAAAUUAGAUGUUGAUUUGGGGGUGGGGAGGGAUGGGUGGAUAGGGAGUUAUAGCCCUAGGGUUCUCUUUCACUGCCAUCAAAAUAAAAAAGGUCAAACUGCAAAAUCAAAUUCAACAGAUUAUUUUGGGAAGUUUUCUUUGUAUCAGGGGAUUCAGUAAUUCAAUAGCAUCUUAAUUUUGCUCUUUUCAGAGUAGUAGGGCUUAUUGUUUAAAAAAACAAACCUGUUUUCUAAUGUUGCCUUAACAUUCUGCUACUGCAGCACUUAAUUGUCCAUACACAUAAUACACACACACACACACACACACACACACACACACACACACACCUGGAACUAAAACUUCAUGUGAAGUUCAAAGCUAUAAAAUCUUACUCCUACCAGCUGGCGAGACUGAUUGACCUGGGAGUGUGAAGCUCUCCAGUUAAGGUAAUUAGCAAUACCCUAACUAGUGUGUUCUGAGUAGGAAAAAAAUGUUGUGUUUUGUCUGGUAGGAAGCGAAAUGUUUAAAGAAAAAUCAGCUGACUCAGUAAUUUGUUUUUGAAUACACAAUUUCAGGUUGCCAUACCAACAGCUGGGUUUUACAUUUAUAAUUUUGGGUGAGUCAUGUGAUUUUGUUGGCACUCUUUGCUCCCUCUUCAUUUUCAAGUAGUACUAAGAACACUUGCUAUGUAACUUGCUGUUGAAUUGAAAUGGUGACUUCACCUGGUGUUUCAGAGCUCACUGUCAGGAAGGUGCUAGUGCUUCCAGAGAAAUCCCCCGCUUUCUUGCCUAAUAUGGGUUUGGGCUUCCUAUUCGUACGGCGGGGGAUAUUUAGCAUUUCCAGUCAGAGCUUUUUAAUCAGACUGAGUCAUGGGCUGACCACGUUUAUCCAUGAUGGAAAGAAGUAGAAAUGAGGCUGAUGUUGUAACGCGUUGUAAGUUUGAGAAUAUGUUAUUUUUUUGGACAUCUUUUUCUGCAGAAGUGUCUGUAGACAGGAAGAAGGAUGUGAGGGUUUUUAAAGUGCCUCAAAAGGUUGGAUGGCCGUCUGAAAUGUGCGGUGAUAGCAGCACUUGGAUUAAGCUUGAAAGGCAUUUGUCGUAGGAAGUCAUAGGCAGCAGGCUUCAUAAUGCUAUGCUUUACUGUCAGUUGGGCUUGGGAAGAUUAAAGUUCUUGACAGAAGUUGUGAAUACGGUUUUAACAAAUCCUCAUUGGGUGGAACAUAUUCUGAUCUUGUAACUCCAUUAGAAACUUUUUCAAGUGUCAUGUUUAUAAUUAUUCAGUUGUGUUUUUUU